AACGGGGUUGGUCGUUGACCACGACGACCUAGCCGGGGAAGGCGACGACGUUGACGUGUACCCCCCACAAAACUCUCCCGUGGCUCUGCUGUGAAGCAAUGGAAUGUUGCGAUGCCUCCAGUUGACCAUCCGCAUAACGCAUGGUCCGCUUUCUUGCUUCCCCAAAAGUGUUCAUCAUGAUGCGAUACAAUCUCUUAUUGUAGGAGGACCAAGUCUCUCUUGCCUUACGGGCAAUUCUCGGCCAGUCAACGAAAGGACACGCGUUUCCAGGAAACGAACACGGCAUGCACCCGAAUUUCUUGGAAGGCCCCGACUUCAUACAGAUGGGAAACGCUUCCUGAAAAAUUAUUUGGAGGACACUCAGCCGUGCGUUGUUGCACCCCAGACGGUCAUUGGUUUCUAUAACGAUUUGCGUACGACGUGCUUAACCCCCAAACACAUGAGCGUAUUGAUUGGUAUCUUUGGCGCGCUGUCUCUACCUCCAGGUGCACCUCGAAUUACGAAUCGGCACGUAGCAGCAAUGCGCGAUGAAUCUGGUAAUUCUUACUGGGAUGUUGUGAAAAGUUUAGUUCUCGACAAGCAGAGUUUGGAUUACCCGUUGUCGGAUGGUGAUAGAUAUUGGAUUAUGUGGGCCAGGCUGGUGGAUGUCGAAAACAUGGACAGAGAAUCCGAUUAUCAGGCCUUUCUUUGUGCACUUGAAGAUGCCACAUAUCAAUUUCGUCAAAUUUGGCGUCAGACGAAGAAUCCUGAUAUUCUGGCUCCCUAUUUCAACGUUCUACUUUCCUUGGCAGUGCCCCAGUAUCUCUCGGUAGCCCUCGAACUACUGUCUGACCUCCUCGCUCUCCAUCGUAACAUUCAUCCUGGCCUCAUCCGAAUUGUCUGGAAGUUUCUGCUCCUUAAUCCCGAAACCUUGUCGUCGGCUUCAAGGCAGAAGCUUCUUUCGGUAUUGCUGGACAGAGCGAGAGUUCACCCGCAUCCAUCCCCUGGAAGUCGUUCGUUAUCCACACACAGGUUUGAUCCUUUGACGGAACGCCAUGAACGCCUCCCACUCGACACUCGACAAUUAGUGGCCUUAUUGACCGCCCCUCUCUUUCCCAUGUUCUUUAUUCCUGGGCCUUCAUCUGUUAUGCAAUGGGCUACCUCUCUACUCAGAACUUCUCUCUCGCCUAAAGUCACGACUGAUUUACCAUGGCAGAAAAUGUCUCUUCUCGCUUUAUGCCAUUCCUGUACCCAAGACGAUUUCAAAGUAUCGUCGUGGGAGCAUUCAUCAUCUUUUAGCGAUUGGGAUGCGAUCCUGAUCCUUCACAGCUUUGAACAUGUCAUCUCAAAAAAGCUCUCAGACCAUAACAUGGACGCGGUGCGCACCGUAAUCACCACAUUGUGGGAACGGUGGAAGGAAAUCCCUUGCGAUGGCAGGCCCGCAUUCGUCGCUCGUGCUUUCGUGGCGGGGUGUCUCCGUUUGGCCGGUCGAAUCGGAGAUCUUGAUCUUUGCAAUGACGGUUGGCGUUAUUGCGCACAACACGGCUUGUUGCUUUCGGCAGAUAUCCGUACAAAGGCUGAACGCUUUCAACUAGACUCCCUGACGAACGAAUACGCCGAAGCUUUUCUCAAUGUUGGUGGGGGGCGGGCGUCGCAUAUACUCAACUCCCUUAAUUCGUCAUCCCAGACUACAUUUACCGCUAAUGCGAACGCGACCCUUGCGGCCUUCGUCUCCCGUGAUGUUGCGAUCUCAUAUGACUUUUACACUUGUUGUUUACAACGUGGCAUUUCGAUCUCCCUAGAUCUAGAAGAAAAACUAGUUAUUGAACUAGCUCGGUUCCUUCCGUCCGCCGCCAUUCCUUUCCUCAAGAAAUACGAGCGGCAAAGCCCAGCGAUUGAAUCACUGUUGGGUGCAUUAUUGCAGUCACUUUGGACACAUCGACGCCAGUACAUUGAUCCUAAACAAGGGAGUGUGUUGGCUGGUGCCAUGGCUAAGGUUUUUCAGGUGACGGUUCCUCCUCCCACUCUGCGUCUUCCGAUCGGCCACGCUGCCUUGCUCCUUCUCCCCCAUAAUGCGGAACAAGUGGUCCAUCUUCUGGAAUUGAUUCUGAAAACAAGGCCAACGUAUUUUACGCCACGUUUGGUGCAUCGUCUAUUACAAGUUCUUAUCUAUCAUCGAGGUUUCCGUUUGGCAGUGCGUUUGCAUUGCGCGAUACGGAAAGCAAUGCCUCAGGAAACGAAGAGGAACAGACGAAUACUCUUUCUUGGUUUGGUUCGUCAUGGUGCCAACAAGCUGGCUGGGAGCCUGCGUACAAGGGUCAUGUGCAAACGUCUUUCUCCAUCGCGGAGAAGUACACGAUAUCCUUCCCGAUUGCCCGUUCCCUUGUUUCGUCUCCACUUACAGCGUAUCGCUUGUGCGUUGGUAUCGCAUCGGAGCACCCGGAUCAAUGUCUGGAACUUCCUAUUCACAUACACCAGCUAUCUGAGUACCCGUACAAAAAUGGUGUUGGGAAACAAGCUUUUAGACCUCGUGUUACGUUCCAACUCCAGCGGUCGGCCCAUCAGUCGAGUCGCACGAACUAGGAGGUUCCUCUUUCGGCAUACUGGUUUCUCGGGGGAUAGAGUGACACUGAAUAUUUUCGUCAAAGCACUGCUGAAGUCGCAUGAUAUGGAUGCCUUUGGGAUACGCAGCCUUUUCGACUAUCUCAUACGAUUAGGAUAUCCUGCCUCAACUCAUUGGUUAAGAAGCUAUGGUGUACCAUUCGGGACUCCUCCCACCUCCCCUCCAUUUGACCUGUCUUUCCAUAAAACUCAUCCCAUUCGGUUUGAGAGACACACCCGACCUCUGUACAAGAUGUUCAUCAAAGCCUUCCACCUUCGAAACGAUAUAUCGGGAGCCAAGACCGUCAUUGGGAUUCUGAGGGGUGAAGAAGUUGCGUUUUUGACCAUGAAGUCGUCAGCUCGCAAGAGAAACCUUUAGGCAGGACUAGAUAACUUUACUAUGUACAUAUGUAGUUGACCACCUUUCCAACAUGGUCAUUCGUUAGACCUGCGCAGAUUGUACUGAUGUCGGUGUAGACAAGCACUCGCUACAUUAUAAA